AUGGCCAACUACAUGUUUUUACAUUUCCAAAACUUUGAAGAGCUUCGAGGUGGAAUCUCCCAUGAGCUCGGAAAAUGGGGAAGGUGGGAGGUCGAUAGCACUAUAGGAGGCAUGCAAUUGAAUUGUCGAAGUGGUGCAGGAGGCCUUAAGAAGAUGAGAAUGUUUAAAAAAACACACAUGGCUCUUGAGGCAUGUGACUAUGAGUUGGAGGAGAAGGCCAAAGAAGUGGCGAACUAA